AAGUUUUCUCAAGUUGAUUGCUGCACGCUAUACUCUUGAUUGUAUCAUAGUGCAACCAGAUUAAGAUCACAUUGUCAAGUCGUGCACUAUGGCCGCUGAAGGCAAGACAGAGACGCAGUAUGAGCAUAAGAACACAGGCAAUCUCUUUUCUUAUGGCUCUACUGUAAAGUUAGAUGCUCCCAAGUUGGAAGACAGAUAUUGGGAUAAGCUUGGUCGUCCUUCCGCUAUACCCCUAGGAAAAGGUGUUGCAUCUGAGCAGGGCAAGAAUUCAUUACAGUCUCCUAUUGGAUCUAUCCAAGCAGCUUCAUCAGUAGUAGAGGGGUCUUUACCUUCUUCCAAUCCUGAGACUGUGACUGUGAAUAUCAACAACUCAGAGUAUGAGGAGUUCUUAGCACACAGAUCUACUCAAUCGUCAGCCUCUAUAGUUAUGAUAGACAGUGCUAUGUCUGUUGAUACUGCUCCACAUGAUACAGGACUUGCAAAUUGGGAAGACGAUUGGUGAAGGCUAAGAGAAAGGGGGCAUCUACUUUCCGUCUGAUUCUGUGGGUAUUGCAAUUGUCUCGACUUCUUCAUUGUCCUCCUC